AUGCGCUCUUUUGUAUUGUUGUUUACAAUUUUGGCCUGUUUCUUGGCCUUGGCCUGGUCAGCGGUUGUGGAACAACCCGACCAAGAAAAUCAGGCUGAAAAUCUAUUGGAUGUUGAUGCUGGUGUUGAACAAAGCAGCAGUGAAGGUGUUCGUCAAGCUCGCCAAUUCUUUGGAGGCGGCUAUUAUGGUCGUCCUUAUUAUGGUGGUUAUGGCGGCUAUGGAGGUUACGGUCGUCCCUACUAUGGUGGUUAUGGCGGUUAUGGUCGCCCUUACUAUGGUGGCUAUGGCGGUUUCGGUCGUCCCUACUAUGGAGGUUAUGGCGGUUUCUAUGGUUAA